UCGAGCAUAGCAACCAGGUAGGGAAUCAUACCUAUCAGCGGUGGUUACCUGCUAACAUGGCGGACUCGGAGAUCCCGAAGUGCUAUAAUUGUGGUGAGCCGGGACAUCUUUCACGCGGAUGUAUCAAACCGUGGAGACCCCGUGACACGAACGAGCAAAGCGCGGCGUCGACAUCUGCGAGUAACGCUAACCAUCAGAUCGUACCUGUAAGUGGACCUGGCGCGAUCCAGGCAGUAGAACGUAACGAUCGUGAUAGUAAUUAUAGAUACGGUAACGGGAGUGGUAAUUAUUAUAACAAUAACCACAGUAAUAAUAGUAGCCUGACAUCAAACAAGGACAUUGCAGACGCAGUACUGAUGAUGCGCGAGUUUUGUGCUACCUUCCUACAAGAGAAACGGGAGGAAAAGGAGAGAAGAAAGGAGGAAGAAGAGAAACGCAAAAGAGAAGACGAGAUGCGAUUGUUGACAGAGGAGCGGGAGAGCCAUGAGAAAGCGAAGCAACAGAGAGCCGAGGAACGCGAGGCGAGGCUGGCGAUGUUGAUCGAGUCCAAGAUCCCCAGCAAAGACCAAGGUUACCAGGUUAUUAUCGAACAGUUGGCCGACCAGAACAGGGUGUUUCGCGAGGCCGUUGAAGCAAUGAAGGCCGACACUAUGAAGAACCCCAUCAUCGUCAAAGACAUCCGCCGCGACGUGCUUCUCCUGCGAGAAGCCGAACUCAAACGCGCCAAGAGGAAGCGCGGUAAGGAGCAAGUUCGGGAAGAGGAGGAGCCUGCAGAGAAGAAGACGAACGGGACACUUGAUAGAGAAGCGAGGCUGGCCCAGGAGCUGCUGAACAUGGAGAUGCGCCACCGUGAAGAAAUGAAAACGAUGAGAGAAGAGAUUGAAAGACUUAAGGCGGCGCAAGCAAAGGCCUUAGUGGAACAGACUCCUUCCACCUCCAAGGCAAGAACGUACACGCCGUUGUCAGGCUUGAGAACGGUCAGACCGGAAGAACUGUUCGCCAGAUCAGCACCGGUCGGACGGACAUCCACAAAUCAAGAAAAGGAACCACUAGGAUUCGACCGCCUCGUACCAGGGAAGAAAGCGGUGGUAGCUGAACCAGGUCCAGAUGGACAAAAGAAGUACAUCGAGGAAACCAAACGGCUCCUUAAAACGAAGAACAUGCCGUUCCUGAUGAAAAUGGCGAAGGAUCAAAAAGUGAAGACGAAGAGUAAUCGCAAGGACGACCUCAUCGAUGCGCUUGCUGAAGCCCGAGCUGAGAUUGCGUACGGGAAAAGGAGGGAUGACCCCCCCGUCCGGAUCAGCGAACAGAUCAAUCCGGAUGGCCGGGAAGGGCGCGUACCAGGGCUAGAGAAGUUCAUGAAGAGCGUGACAGGAUGGGACAAACAUGAGGAUGCCUGGUUUGCUGAACCGGAAGCUUGUGUUUAUGCAUUGGUUUCACCACGUUUCAGAGCUACGUACAUCGGCCAGACUUCACGAACGUUGGAAGAAAGAUGGGAGGAACACAAGAGAAUGGCAGAAACAAAAGAGGAAGGAAGGCAACACAAACUGUAUCGAUGGUUGAGAAAGAAGGGGUGGCGAGAGUACGUGGCCAUCCCCUUGGUGAACGGGGCGAAGAACGAACUGUUGGAGUUAGAGGGUUUCUACAUUGGGAAUUUCUGCCCGGUGUUGAAUGCUAAAGGAAGGCGGACGAGACACAAGAAGAAUAGACCGGGAAGGAGACAAAGAAGAGCCAAGAACAGACAACGAACAGCGAGCGAUGGUGUGGCGCCCGUACUAAUCGAAUCUGAAGGUUACAAAGGAUACUCGAUAAGAAGACUACUGGCAGUGAGCGGGUCGAACACGAUCGUACGGGUAGGACAGGGCACACGAUGGUGCGAGGACUGGUCGGUGGUGAAGCGGUGUUAUGGGAUGACCGAGAUCCGAUGGAGAGGGGAAAUGACCCUCCUCAGGCGUGUACGGCUGAGAGAGGUAAUCGGGAGCAGCUUUGAGGUAACACGCAUAGUGUUGACAAAGAAUAACCACAAUCACCAACUGCUGAUUGCCCUUCUCCGUAUACCACUGUACCGAAGGACACUGUACACCGUAGGCUUUACAAUGGACCGAUUGGUUCGUCUGUACUAUGCGGUUAGAGAAUUUCGACAGCGGAGAGAUAGGGCGAUCCUUCGUGGCGUCAUAUCUAGGGCGGUUCGAGCCAAGUAUGGGGUUAGUAUCAGGAAACGACUGAUUGUAAGAGUCAGAUUUGAGGAGGGAUUGAGCCGGUACGAGGUAACCAGGUGCUGUAAGAAGAGGGUAAGGGAGACAUACGAGAGUCAGGAAAUUGCUGAAUUUGUGUGUAGACGCAUGAAGGUGGUGUGGACACGGGACAAGACCAUUGGUCAGCUGGUCUGCAACCACAGACGGUAUGCGAGGAUGGAGUUGGGGGAAGCCGAAUGCGGUUGUGAUAGAAUGGAGUGGCCGAAGGAUGAAGAAGGGCACGUAUGCUUCCGGUUUUCGGAGGUGGAGAAAAUGGAUAUCGAUCUGAAGAAUUCACGAAACGUACCGAGACCUGACUACGGUAACCGACGGGGACUCGUCAGACAGGUGAACAGGGAGCUGAGCACGUUUUUCGGGCUACAGGAGGUGCGACUAUUCUCCACUAAGGAAUUGGAGCAUUGCUACAAGCAACUGACUGGACAAAGACGAGGGAUAUCAAUGUGUGAAGUUCAAGGGAUCAAGGAACAAACGAGGGGAUUGGUCCUCAUGCCUAUGGACCACAACAUGGGUGAUACCAUGGCGUGUUGCCCAAUCAGGUACCAGGAGGCGAUGCGGACCAUGUUUUUGGAGAACCAGGCCUUUGUGAAGCACCAGGAGGAAGAGGGUGUGAUCCUUCACGAAUGCAAGAAGUUGUAUGUCAGUGGUGGAUACACACGAAUUGCAAAAUGGGACAACAACGGUGCGCUGGGACAAGCUUACGUCACCCCGAAACACAAAGACAUCUCCAGAUGGCGGCCUAUCUGCCCGUCUUACGGCAGGGCUCUGAACGUCAUGUUGUGGAGUCUCCCAAAACUAUCUAAUCUCAACUUGAAGAGCACCCAACAGUUGGUAGAUUGUGUCAUGGCCAUUAACAAGAAUAUGGGGAGAACGAAGCGACGGGGAUUGAUUGCGGCCAGCUUUGACAUAAAGGAUAUGUUCUCCAAGCUACCGCAUGAGGCCAUAAUUGAGGCAGUGGAGUGGCUCGUCGAGAGGUAUGAAGAAAGGGGACUGAGCCGGGUACGGGUGAAGACGAAAGGGAAAGGAGCGACAUUUGGGAAGGCGGGAGGCAAGGUCGGGUGGGUAACAAUGUCAUUCAGUAUAAUCCUGAAAUUUGUUAGGUACGACCUGGCCAACACGUUUCUGAAGGCGGCCACGAAAAUCUUGCAGCAGAGAGAGGGCAUUCCUAUGGGCAAGAGUAGCAGCGCUGCUCUGGCGUGUGUGCUGUGUGCCCAUUGCGAGUACUCGUUCCUGAAUGCUCUGGGGGCAGACAGAAAGCUGGUACAUGGCUGUCGCCUGAUCGAUGACGUGUCCGUGUUCAUAUCGUUUCAGAUUGAUGAAAGUGAGAGCCUUGCCAAGGCAAUGCAAGUCAUGAAGGAGUUUGAGAAGUGCUACGAUGAAAGGCUGACUUUGAAGAGAACUGACGAAGCCGCAGGGACUUGGCCUUUUCUGGGGUGCAAAAUCCGGGUGAGUAUGUACCCCCCUUUGGUGUCGUGCACUGCGACUACGGCCAACGGGCCGACACUACUGAAGGGGGGUAACAUUGUUUUCCAAGGGUUACAAGACUUCACGUCGUAUUCAUCAAUGCAAGCUAAGAAAGCCGUGAUCACUGGAUAUUUGCACAGGGUGUGGAACCACACGUUGAUUAAGGAGCAAGCAGGGCCCACCCUACUUGCCCUGAAAAUUGAAUUUCGUAAACGGGGGUUCCCAGGCCAAUUUUUUGAUUCGAGACUAGCGUAUUUUUCGCAGGCUAAGGACGGUGCCUGGGAUGACUGGGCUGAACUGCUACGGGACGAAACUGACCAGAACGCAGAACAGAGAUUUUUAAAUUGGGAAUGGACCCAUGUACCUGGCCCAGGAGUACGGUAGAAUAGAGAACGAUGUUUUGGUAACCACCGACGGGUAUGCCGAGGCGGGGCGGCACCACAAUGAACCGGUAAUAACCGA